CUUUUCUAGUGCAUGUUCAAAUCCCUAAAGAUAGUGCAAAGACAUUUGAAAAUUAUGCCGAUCAACUCAAGCAAUAUAUCCGAACAAUGGGUGCUGCUGUGAAAUCUUCUAGAGUCGAUAUUGUGUGGGAUUUGUACACUUCUUCUAAUAUAAAACAUUCUAUUCAGACUAAGAGGCAAAACGGAGGUAUUCGUCGUCCAGAUCUCCCAUACAAAGGACCAAUACCAAGUGACUGGAACUCUUAUUUGAAAUGCAAUGACAAUAAGGUCGAACUCUUCAACUUCCUUGGAAAUGCCUUUUUGAAUGGAGUUAUGGAAAUUCAAACUAUUGUCACAAACAUCGGUGAAAGAAUUCAUGCUACCAGUUCGUCAACGAAUCUACGAGAUAUUGAACUCAGACUUGAUGAAGCAGAUAUCCGUAUUUUUUGCCACGCAAGAGAUAUGGUUGUUCAAGGAAUAACGUCGAUUCUUAUCGUUUGCAUGGACACAGAUGUACUUGUUUUGGCAAUAUCUUAUUUUCAUACAUUCCAAGAAAUCGGUCUGAAGGAGAUGUGGGUAAUGACAGGAACUGGAAACAAAAGGCGCUUCAUCAGUGUUGGUUCUAUUGCACAUUCUCUUGGGGAAAAGAAAGCAAGAGCUUUGCGUGGAUUUCAUGCGUUUAGCGGCUGCGACACGACCUCCUUCCUAAUGGGUAAGGGGAAAAAAACUCUGUGGAAGACAUUUUUGAACCAUACGGAAGCCCUUGAUGCUUUUUAUGAAAUCAGCAAUCCAAUAUCCCCUGACAGAGUAGCUGAGCUACUUCGAAUUUUUGAGAAGUUCCUAAUCAACGUGUACGACAAAAACAGCCCAGCUAAGGAUGUAAAUGAAAGUAGAAAGUUGCUUUUCUCAAAAUCACACAAACCAAUUCAAAUGAUUCCGCCCACGUCGUCAGCUCUGCUUCAACACACUCUAAGGACCGCUUAUCAAGCCGGAGAGAUUUGGAGUAGAGGUGUCGAAGAUCCAUCAAAAAUACAGGUAUCAUGUCCAACGAAUUACGGGUGGAAGUUCGAUAAUGGGACAUGGAAGCCACUUUGGUCAGUUCUUCCAUCGAUUUGGGAAGCGUGUAAGGAUAUGGGAGCAUGUGCAUGUCUCAAAGAUUGUACAUCAUUACGUUGCUCAUGCAAACGUAAUAACUUGAUCUGCACUUUGGCAUGCAAAAAUUGUUAUGAAUUUUGUGAAAAUAAAAUUAUCGGAUAAUUUAUGGAAUAAAUUUUGAUGAUUUGGAUUAAAAAAAAAGGUUCAAUUCAUUCGUCUUAAAAAUCGUGUUCUAAAAAAAAGACAAUAAAUACUCUAAUUUUUUUUUAUUGAAUUUGAGUGCAAUAAUGACUUGAAAAAUGAUAUAAAAAAAUCCUAUACCUACAGAAAAACAAAAUAUAAUUCGUUUAAAUGAAGAAUUUUAGAAGUACUUUCACUAAAUAAAAAAAAUAUAUUUAAGGUUUUUUUUUAUAAAAAUUUUUUUAAUCUGGGAAAAUAACGAAAAUAAAUCAUUAAAAUCAAGUAGUUUGUUGAUAGAAGAUAUUUCUUUAUUAUAUUCCCUUAAUUUUCAAUAAAGUUAAAUAUAGCAUGAAACGAUAAAAGUAAAAAGAAAAGUGAAUAAUAAUCUUAGACAUUUCAUUUAAGAAAAUUUCGAGCGUUUUGCGAAGUACAUUGGAAUAUGAACUGAUUCAUUCAAUGUUUCAACAAUAAUGUUUCAUACUGUUAUCGGAAGUGUUUCUUGGAAAUUAUGUUAUUUUUGAGAUUAAUAUUUUUAUUAAUUUAGGGCGAUGCAA